AUGAGCCGGGCAGACCCGAGCGUCGCCCGGGCCGCGGCCCCUGUCCAGGAGCCUGGCCGGGCGGCGGUGGCCUCGGCCUACCAGCGCUUCGAGCCCCGCGCCUACCUGCGCAACAACUACGCGCCUCCUCGCGGGGACCUGAGCAGCCCCGAGGGCGUCGGGCCUUGGAAGCUACGCUGCAUGGCACAGACUUUCGCCACUGGUGAGGUGUCUGGGCGUGCCCUCAUUGACAUUGGUUCGGGCCCCACCAUAUACCAGCUGCUUAGUGCCUGUGCCCACUUUGAGGAUAUCACCAUGACAGAUUUCCUGGAAGUCAACCGCCAGGAGCUGAGGCUCUGGCUGCGUGAGGAGCCUGGGGCCUUUGACUGGAGCCCCUAUAGCCAGCACGUCUGCCUCAUCGAGGGCAAGGGAGAGUCUUGGCGGGAGAAGGAGCGCCUGCUACGAGCCAGGGUGAAACGGGUCCUGCCCAUCGACGUGCACCAGCCCCAGCCCCUGGGUGCUGCCACCACAGCACCCCUGCCAGCUGAUGCCCUGGUAUCUGCCUUUUGCCUGGAGGCUGUGAGCCCUGACCUCACCAGCUUCCAGAGGGCCCUGAGCCAUAUCACCACGCUGCUGAGGCCUGGAGGCCACCUUCUCCUCAUUGGGGCCCUGGAGGAGUCAUGGUACCUGGCUGGGGAGGCUAGGCUGGCAGUGGUGCCAGUGUGUGAAGAGGAGGUGAGAGAGGCCCUGGUACUUGGUGGUUACCAAGUCCGGGACCUUCGUACCUAUGCCAUGCCUGCCCAUCUCCGCACAGGUGUAGAUGAUGUCAAGGGCAUCUUCUUUGCCUGGGCACAGAAGAGGCUGGGGGUAGAGGUGUGA